AUGGCUGCUGGAAGCUUGUUGACCUUCCUUCCCCAAGCCGCGUCGGCCGUCGACUUCAAGCCGUUGGAGAAUGGAGAAGGCGUCGAGUAUGCUGUUUUGCAAUCAGGAAGCGGAGAUAAGGCUAAGAUUGGAGAACUGGUCGCUAUUCGCUUCAAGGCUUCUUUCAAUGGAAACACAUUCGAUGACUGCUUCAAGACUCAGAAUGCUUACUACUAUCGCGUUGGCUCAGAGAACAUCGUGAAGGGUCUGGAUCUUGCAGUACAGAACAUGAGGGUCGGCGACAGGUGGGCCUUGAAGGUUCCUCCUUCCCUUGCGUUCGGCGACAAGGGGUUGAAGCCUUCUCCCGGCAAGCCAAGGAUCCCUGGUGGUGCUACCAUCGAGUACGAAGUCCUGUUCGAAACUUUCCCAGGACGUGAGGCAGAUAUUCUUGAAGUCACCGGAGGCGAGGGUGUGUAG